UGCACGUGUCAACGAAUUGCGUGUGUGUGUGUACGUGUGUGUGUGUGUCUUCUUCAGAAACUGUCAGAACUCAUGCCUCAUGCUAUAUUAUUACAAAACAGCUUAAAAGAGAUUUUCCUCAAUAUAUUCUUCAAGAAUGUUUCCAUACCUUCUUGUGGGCAUGCUUUUGGCGUCAUACUACUGCAGCAAAGAAGACAAGCCAGUUGCAGGUGCAGAGGUCAUCAUUCAAUCCGGUUCAGAUGAGUUUUUUGAGGGGAGGACACUGGAGCUGCAGUGUACUCUUACAGCUGGAACUCAUGUUUCUUACAAGUGGCUAGUAAAUGGUCAGCCUUUCUCACAAUCACAACUCCACUAUGUUACAAAUAACCAGCUUUUCAUCUACAGAACCACCUCUGCCGACAGCGGCUCAUACAUGUGUGUUGCUACAAACCACUAUGACACAAGAGUCUUCACAUCAAACAGCUCAGAAGUGGAAAUCACAGUCAAAGACAUGGUGUCGAACCCUGACAUUUCCUUCAAGGUGCUAAAGGAGGAUUCCUACAACUAUUUUGCUGUGGUCACCUGCCAGUCCACCAGGGGGACACUGCCCAUCACCUUUUCCCUCUACAACAGGACAGAAUUGGCUUUCAGUAUGACAGUUAAUGAGACAAAAGCAUCCUUCAAGGUUCCAUUGGUUUUGAGCAGACACUUAGGAUGCCUCCGGUGCCAAGCCAAUAAUGGCAAUGAGGAUGCGUUCAGUCAGUGGUUGCCCUUACAAGUUGUAAGUGUUAGUGGGCCAGUGAUGAUGCACUAUGACUAUGACAUUGGAAAAAACUAUGCUGUAAUUGGCCUGAGAUUCUACUGCAAGGCGACGAAGGGAUCUCAUCCACGGUACCAGUGGUUCCUCAACCAAACUCUUCUCCAAGGUCGAGGAAGCUUUUACUACACGGUCAAUCAGCCACCAGACCAGUCCAUCCUCCUGCUGUCUGUAGGGAGGAGCAGUGCAGGGACGUACCAUUGUGAAGUGUCUGACAUCUUUGACAACACCACUGCCAUCAGCAGCAAAAAACAAUAUAUAGACGAAAAGGUGGUCAAUCGUCUCCCUGUUUCUGUGGUGGCUGUUGUUUUUGGAUGCUUCACUUUCUUGGUUCUCCUGGUCUCUGCCUGUUGUUUCGAUGGAGUGUUUAGGACAAGAAAGAGUGGAGAAAAUUCCCUUGUGAGCCAGGAGAUGGAGACAUUUGCUGCAGACGAGGAUGAGCUGGAAAUUUCAGAGUAUCACGAGGAUGAUGAUGUGGUGAGGUCAGCCAGAUGUGAUGAAUUAGAUUGGAGACUGUCUCCGAAUGAAGAUAGUUCAGCACUGCUACUCUCCCUAGCAGUGGCCUCCCUGUAAACAUGACUGCAAGAAGAAAGUGCCGAAUUCUCAAUGAGGUGGGAAGUUUGCAGAAGAGCACCUGGAUAUUCCAUGGCGCCACUGGCAAAGUUGAAACUAAAGUUGAGUUGUUUGGAAGGAACGCAACACUAUGUGCAGAGGGGGGAAAAGGCACCGCACACCAACAUCAAAACGUCAUCCGAACUUUAUUACCUAGGAAUGGUCCAAAAUUCCUCCUGACCAUUGUGCAGGUCUAAUCUGCAACUACAGAAAACGUUUGGUUAUGGUUAUUGCUGCCAAAUGAAGCUCAAUCAGUUAUUAAAUUGAAAGGCUCACAUAUU